AUGCUGCAAACUGCCUGGCAGGAAGCAGCACGGACGCUGAAGUCAGACAAGCCAUGCGAUCUGUGGUACAAGCGGGAGAAGCUUGCCAAGGUUAAGAAGCUGAAAAGUUGCCUCUUGGACGCGGGUGAAGUGGUGUACUUGCCAUCCCAGUGGCACCACGGCACUUGCAACGUCGGAGAGUUUUCCGUUGGCUUGGGCUACAUUGGUGCUUUGGACCAUCUGCCCAAAGCAAGCUGGGCUGCAGCAUUUGAUGACAUGCCUGGCUUGCAAGAGGCCCUGAAGGCCGUUGGCGACACAUCUGCUGCCUUGUCGGUGAAGGAUCGCGAAGGAAAAGAGCCACUGCACUGGGCUGCUCACAGAGGCCAUCGGCGCAUGGUGAGGGAGCUCCUCCAACUCCGUGCAAACCCAGACGGGCAAGACAAUCAUGGAGCAAGGGCCUCGCAUUUGGCUGCUUUCGAAGGAAAAGAAAAGGCACUGCGAGUACUUCUGGAGGAUCACCGGCGGCUUGCCAUGGCACGUACUUCCGGGGGUGCCGAGCCAAUUCACCUCGCUGCUACUCGAGGUCACACGUCGAUCGCAAAGCUGCUGCUUUCGAAGAAGGCUUCGCCAUCUGCUCGUGACAACAAGGGAGCAGAGCCUCUGCACAUGGCCGCGUAUGAAGGCCAUCUCGCUAUGGUAGACCUUCUCCUCGCCAGCGGAGCCGCUCCUGAUGCUGGUUCCGACGAUGGCACUGAGCCAGCGAAGCUGGCCUUCGCGCGAGGGCACAAGGACCUUGCGCAGAAGCUGAAAGACGCAACCCCUAAGCCGGAGCGACGUUCAGGCCGCAAAUCGUUGGGCCCAGUCCACGAAGAGUUCUGA